AUGGUAAGGUUCAAUCUUCCAUGGGAUUUGGUAGAGGAGAUACUCUCUAGAGUUCCCGCAACAUAUCUAAGAGGACUACAAUUUACUUGCAAACGAUUAAACGCUUUAUUCAAAGAUCCAGAAUUCAUCAAGAAGCACUCAGAUAAAGCAGCAAAGCCGCCGUAUUCGAUUCUCUUGUUCAGUUGUUCUAGGGUUUAUUCGCUGAGUGUCAAUAUAAACAACAUUGCGGUAACGGUUGGUCCAACUAAACUUAGCAGAAACCCAAACGAGUCAUCAGAGGAAGUCGAAAUAACUCAAGUAGUUCACUGCAACGGCCUAUUGUUAUGUUCCACGAAAGAGUCCAACAUGGCUAAACUCGUGGUUGUGAAUCCAUGUACUGGUCAAGCCAGAUGGAUCAAACCAAGAAGUGUUUACGAUAUGUCCGAUAGAUAUGCUCUAGGUUACGAAAACAACAACAAUCAACAUUCAUACGCAAGCUACAAAAUCUUGAGGUUCCCAGCUGAUGGUCGAAGCCUUUUGGAAAUCUUUGAGCUAAAGUCUAACUCAUGGAGGGUUCUUGCUAACAUCCCUCUUAAAGGUAAACAACGCGGUUUUGGAAGAGGCGUGUCUUUGAAGGGGAAUACCUAUUGGCUUUCUUGUUUUUUGGAUGACUUCGAAAUAUUGAGUUAUGAUUUCGCAACAGAGAGAUUUAUAAUCUUGUCUUUUCCAUUUAUUUUACCGCUUCGGAUGUCUGAUUCCAAUACCUUAGCUCUAUCAGUUGUUAGAGAAGAGCAACUAUCAGUGUUACAUCUGAACCUUGAUACGAGACAGAUGGAGAUAUGGGUGAGUAAUAAGAUUGAUGAUGAUACUGAAACUGCGCUUUCUUGGAGCAAAUCCUUUGAUUUGAUUUAUACUCUCACUUCGAUCUUAGUCUUCUAA